AUGGGAAGUUCACUCGCCCGAUCAGUCUUUCCCGAGAUCCACAGAAAACCAACUGCGCCGGCCCGCGUCCCGAUCCCAGAAUCCCCACGGCGGCGCGGAUCCACCCCCAACCCACCUCCAGCCCCCGGCUCCGGCGACGCGCCUCUCGCCGACGACCCUGCCGGCCCGACGCGCCUCUCGCGGCCGCCGCCCCAGCCCCGGCGCGCCUCUCGCGGCCACCGCCCCAGCCCUGGAGCGCCUCCCGGCGCCGGGCCCCAUCCCCAGCGCACCUCUUUCCAUUCCCAAAUCGCCUCCCGCCGCCGCCCUCGAUCCCCACCACACCCCCACCGCCGCACAUUCGCCGGCCACUGCAUCCCCUGGCUCGGCUGCACACGACCGGGAUCCCCCAUCUCCCAGCUAACCUUGCAGCUGCACGCCUUCUCGCUCGUCCUAAGGUGCCGCUCGUUCGAUCCACUCCACUGGUGUGCACGCCCCGACACAGCCGGUUGGGCGUUAUGUGAACUGCGGACGGAUCAGUGGUUGGACCAGCAGCAGUUUACUGUACCAACGCGGUUGAUCCCACCUGGCACACGUUCGUCUCUGUCGACGGCGGUCAGCACGUCAAAAACAUGACAGACCCACCCCUAGCUUCUGUUGCUUCCACGGCAACUGCUCAUGCGCACCUCGAACGCAUAACGAGCUGUCCCCUGGUUCUUCUUCUGCUCAUGGAGUUGGAGCGUGCUGCAACUUCCUUUCAUUUCUGAAACUCAUAUCCCUCCAAUUUAGUCCACGUAUUAUUCUUGUAGGUAGAUUUGAACAAUCUAAAACUGGAAAAAGAAUGCGUCAGUAUAGCUACUCAUUAGAAAAUGGUCAAGUGUAUGUUGCUUUUGUGGUUUUUGUGUGUGCUCGUAUUUGCAUAAUUUACCUCAAAUGAAAAUUCAGUUACUUGUGUACCUAUGUCGACAACAUGACAAAUUUUCUGACCA